UUGCAUCAAGUGUCACUUUUAAAUUUUAUCACAUCACUACCGCGAGGCUACGUCGCUAAUUCGUGUCGUUUUCAAUACUGAAAAACAUUACAAUCAGCGUAUUAUCGCAUUCGCAAAGCGAAAAAUGUUUAGUAUUCGCAUUUGUAGUGCAAUCCAGCAUAGGUGAAACACGCGCGUUGUGUGUCAGAAGAUAAACGUGGUAGUAGUGUGGUGGUCAGUGACGAUUUGUUAUCAAACAGUUCGUCACAGCAAGGGAUGGCGGAGGGGCGGCUGGCGAUGGCGGAGGCGGCGCCCGGAUCCAUCGUGAAGGAGGGCUGGCUGCUGAAGCGCGGCGAGCACAUCCGCAACUGGCGCGACCGCUACUUCAUCCUCUUCGACAAUGGUGACUUGGUCGGGUUCAAGACGCAGCCCGAGCGCAACAACUACCGCGACCCGCUCAACAAGUUCACGGUGCGCGACUGCCAGAUAAUGGCCGUAGACAAGCCGCGCCCGUACGUGUUCACCAUCCGCGGUCUUCAGUGGACCACGGUCAUCGAACGAAACUUUGCAGUCGAUACAGAGAAGGAACGCGAGGAGUGGGUGGCCGCCAUCCGCUACGUGUCGUCGCAGCUGAGCGGCGGCGCGGGCGCGGGCCCGGCGCCGGCGCCGCCGCCCGCCGACGCCGACGACCGCGACAUCGCGCAGCUCGGCACCAGCUUCCGCGACCCGCGCCGCAUCACUUUGGAGAAGUUCGAGUUCGUGAAGGUCCUCGGCAAGGGCACGUUCGGCAAGGUGGUGCUCAGCCGCGAGAAGGGCACGGGCAAGCUGUACGCCAUGAAGAUCCUCAAGAAGCACCUCAUCAUCCAGAAGGACGAGGUGGCGCACACCAUCACCGAGAACGACGUGCUCAAGAAGACCAAGCACCCGUUCCUCACGGCGCUGCGCUACUCGUUCCAGACGGCGGACCGCGUGUGCUUCGUCAUGGAGUACGCCAACGGCGGCGAGCUGUUCUUCCACCUGUCGCGCGUGCGCUCGUUCAGCGAGGAGCGCACGCGCUUCUACGGCGCCGAGAUCGUGUCCGCGCUGGGCUACCUGCACUCCGAGGGCAUCAUCUACCGCGACCUCAAGCUCGAGAACCUGCUGCUCGACAAGGACGGCCACAUCAAGAUCGCCGACUUCGGGCUCUGCAAGGUCAACAUCACGUACGGCCGCACCACCAAGACCUUCUGCGGCACGCCCGAGUACCUGGCGCCCGAGGUGCUGGAGGACACGGACUACGGGCCGGCCGUGGACUGGUGGGGCACGGGCGUGGUGCUGUACGAGAUGGUGUGCGGGCGCCUGCCCUUCUACAACCGCGACCACGACGUGCUGUUCUCGCUCAUCCUGGAGGAGGAGGUGCGCUUCCCGCGCGCGCUGUCGGCCGCCUGCCGCUCCCUCCUCGCCGCCCUCCUCUGCAAGGAGCCCGCGCGCCGCCUGGGCGCCGGGCCCGGCGACGCGCACGAGAUCAUGACGCACCCCUUCUUCGCCGCCAUCAACUGGGCCGACCUCGUGGCCAAGAAGAUCCCGCCGCCCUUCAAGCCGCAGGUGGACUCCGACACCGACACGCGCUACUUCGACUCCGAGUUCACCGGCGAGUCCGUGGAGCUCACGCCGCCCGACGGCGACUCGGGCCUGGCGCGCAUCCAGGAGGAGCAGUUCCCGCAGUUCUCGUACCAGGACAUCUGCUCGUCGGCGCACUCCGCGCUGUCGCACCUGUCGCAGCACUCGGCGCUGGCCGACCGCCGCCACUAGCGCCCGGCGACCGGCGACCGGCGACCGGCGGCCGGACGGCGACCGGACGGCGACCGGACGGCGACCGGAACACUCCCGCCGGAGCUCCGAGUGAGGCUCGGCCGGACCCCCCGAGCGCCGCCGCGCCCUGCAUUUACUAUCCGAGUGUUCAUUUACGCAGAUUUAUCGACUUUAGUUUGAAUGUGAUCGCUGAGUGAUAUUUGUAUGUAAUUUCACCUCACGCUCGACCGCGUCGCGUCCGAUCACGUCUCGAAAUAAAGUUAGCCGACUAUAGACCUAGCGGGUGAUUUUCAAAAUAUUUUUUUUGUAAAUAGAAAACGUAAACUUUCCGCGCAUGCUUCGAAACACGUGAGUCACGUUUUUUUCUAAAGGAAUAUUUUUUUUUAAUACGCUCCUGACCACUCGUACAUAUUACUCUCGGUGAGAAAGUAUAAGUAACGCUAAUCGAUUGAAAUGUAUAACGAAACGCCUGAUCGUCGCGAACAGGACGGAGGGGUGGGUCGAGUGUCUUGUUAGCUUUAGGUGAUCGCUCGCAACUCGUCCCUCAGAGAUAAUAAUCGACUCGCUCCACUCACCCCCUCCACCCGCAGAGCUCGCCGCGAAUAUAAUAUUUUCUUUUGUAUAUAUUAAAGUUAGGAUUUAAA